ACCAAUAGAGGAGACACACACAGACAUACAGGAUGAAUGUGAAUCUGCUGUGGCUCGUUGUUGUUCUUCUCUCUUCACCCCUGCUGACACUAUGUGACCCACUAUAUGUUCUGUCAGCCCCUAAUUUGCUGAGGGUGGGUUCCUCAGAGAAUGUGUUUGUGGAGGCUCAGGACUACUCUGGAGCAGACCUGAACGUGAAGAUCUCAGUGAAGAACCACCCGCAAAAAAGCAUAGAGUUACUGUCCAAAUCAGUGACCCUGACUGCAGCCAACAAUUACCAGGUCCUUACAGAUAUAAAGAUCCCUGUUCAUAGCUUCACUAACUAUCCUCUAGAGAAGAAGUAUGUUUAUAUACAAGCUAGCUAUCCUGGCAAACAUCUGGAGAAAGUGGUCAUGGUCUCAUUACAGUCUGGAUAUAUAUUCAUACAAACAGACAAACCCAUCUACACACCUGCUAGCAGAGUUCUUUACAGGAUUUUCUCUCUGACUCCAAACCUGCAGCCAGAUAGUCAAACUCAAAUCAUUGCGGAAAUCAUGAAUCCACAAGGCAAUACAGUGAGGUCAAGUGUGUUUGCAUCGCAAGGGAUUGAAUCCCUACAAUACACCAUACCUGAAAUUGCCAGCUCUGGGAUCUGGAAGGUGGUCACAUGUUACAAACACAAUCGACAGAAGACAUUUAGUGCAACCUUUGAGGUCAAAGAAUACGUGUUUCCAUUAUUUGAAGUCACAUUAAAGCCAAGUCGGUCAUUCUUCUAUGUGCGUGACGAGAGUCUGACUGUCGACAUUAGUGCUGACUACCUGUCUGGACAGAAGGUAGAUGGACAUGCAUUUGUGGUAUUUGGCGUGAUGGAGGAAACUAGGAAAACCAGUAUUGCUGCCUCUCUGCAAAGGAUUUCGAUAAUUAAAGGAAAGAGCACAGCACAGCUGACCAGGGAGAUGAUACUUCAGACCUUUCCAAACAUUGACCAGCUGGUUGGACACUCACUCUAUGUUUCAGUCAGUGUUUUAACAGAAACUGGCAGUGAAAUGGUUGAAGCACACAGUAGAGGCAUUCAGAUUGUGACAUCACCGUACACCAUCAGCUUCAAAAGAACACCACAAUACUUCAAACCUGGAAUGCCCUUUGAUAUCACGGUUUCCGUGACAAAUCCUGAUCAGACACCUGCUGAAAAUGUGGUAUUGGAGGUCAACCCUGGAAUGGUCAGAGGUCAAACUAAAGCCAAUGGCAUUGCGAAAGUUUCCAUCAAUUCUGAGGGAGGAUCUUCUACACUUGAGAUCACUGUAAAGACCAAAGAUCCACAAUUAAGUGAUGAAAAGCAGGCACUGAAGAAGAUGAUAGCUCAUGCCUACAUACCCAAAGAUGGCUCCAACAACUACCUUUACGUUGGCAUUAACGCUGCCGAGCUUGAGAUUGGUGAAACAAUGAAAGUAAUUUUGAACACAGGAAAAAUUCAAGGAGUCCAAGAUUUAACCUACUUGAUCUUAAGUAAAGGGCAAAUUGUGAAAGCCGACAGGGUGAAGAUAAGAGGACAAUCUCUAAUGAUUCUGGUUCUAUCUGUGACCAAAGAUAUGAUGCCCUCCUUCCGCUUUGUGGCUUAUUACCACGUGGGCUCGUCUGAGGUGGUGUCUGACUCAGUCUGGGUUCAUGUGAAGGACACGUGCAUGAGAACGCUCAAACUAGAGGUGAAGAACAAGGAGAAGUACUAUAGCCCAAGAGUUGGUUUCAGUUUGGAAAUAACUGGAGACCCUAGAGCUAAAGUUGGGCUGGUGGCAGUGGAUAAGGCAGUGCAAGUCCUUAACAAGAACAGACUCACACAGACUAAGAUCUGGGACGUCAUAGAGAAACAAGACAAUGGCUGUACAGCAGGUAGUGGAAAGGACAGUAUGGGGGUUUUCUAUGAUGCAGGUCUAAUGUUUGAGUCCAAUACUGCAGGAGGCACCAACAGCAGAACAGUGCAUGAGUGCCCCACCAUUUCAAAGAGAAGACGGCGGUCAGAUGAUGAUGACUAUUAUAUGGAGUCUGAUGAGAUUGAGUUACGCCUGCAGUUCCCUGAGACUUGGCUUUGGGAGAUAGUAGAACUACCCCCCUGUAAACAUGGCAACUGUGUAACAACAUCAUUCAAAAAAAACAUGAUCUACCUGCCACAAUCGAUCACUACCUGGCAAAUCUUAGCCAUCAGCCUGUCACAAACAAAUGGUAUCUGUGUGGCAGAUAUUGAGGAGAUAGUCACCUAUAAAAACUUUUUUAUUGACCUGAAGAUGCCUUAUUCAGCUGUGCGCAAUGAACAAGUGGAAAUCAGGGCCAUUAUUAAAAAUUACAACAAAAGGAAGAUAAAGGUGUGCGUGGAGUUUAUGGAGACAGAACAUGUAUGCAGUGCAGCCAGUAAGAAGGGCAAAUACAGAACAGUGGUAGAAGUCAAGGGCGAAUCCAUCAAAUCUGUUUCAUAUGUGAUUAUUCCCAUGACUCUGGGCAAUCAUGUGAUUGAGGUGAAAGCUGCAGCAGAUGACUCUGUAAGCAAUGAUGGAGUGAAGAAGACCCUGAAGGUCAUGCCAGAGGGUGUGCUAGUUUCAUUACAGAUGGAAAAUGUGGAGCUAAACCCUGCUAAGAAAGGUGGAGAACAACAUACAAUUAUAAGAACUGACAGACCAGCUGAUCACAUUCCAGACACACCUGCUUUCACAUACAUUAGAGUAACUGGUAAAGAAAUAACUCCCCAUGAACCACCCAUCAAAGGAGAUUUCAUGGGACAUCUUAUUGUCCAGCCUUAUGGUGUUGGAGAGCAGAUCAUGAUCUUUAUGACACUACCUCUCAUUGCCACUCAUUACCUGGACAGCACCAAUCAGUGGGACACUGUUGGCAUGAACCGCCGUGAAGAAGCCAUUAAAUAUAUCAACACAGGUUAUCAGAUGGAGUUGAGCUUCCGUAAAACAGAUGGGUCGUACGCUACUUAUCUACCCAGACCGAGCAGCACUUGGCUGACAGCAUAUGUGGCAAAAGUGUUUGCUAUGGCCAUUAACAUAAUUAAUGUAGAGGAGAAUGUGAUCUGCAGCGCUCUCAAAUGGCUAAUUCUCAACAAGCAACUGCCAGAUGGCUCUUUUAAAGAGGAAGCAGCUGUAGUUCAUGGAGAGAUGGUGGGUGGUUUACAGGGCAAAGAUGCUGAUGCUUCUCUUACUGCAUUUGUCUUGAUUGCCAUGCAAGAGGGUAGCAAGAUUUGUUCCACAUCUGUUAUUUAUCUUCAGAACAGUAUGAAGAAGGCAGUUGACUAUUUGGAAGGUAGACUUCCAAAACUGACCAAUCCUUAUGCUGUUGCUAUGACAUCCUACGCCAUGGCUAAUGCAGAAAAACUCAAAAAAGAGCUGCUGAUGAAGCAUUCAACCAAAGAGGAAGCUGGAACUGCUUGGAUUGUCCCUGGACAACAUUAUCACUCUCUAGAGGCUACAGCCUAUGCAGUGCUCGCGCUUGUGAGGGCAAAAGAGUACGACAGUGCCAGAGAGGCCGUGCACUGGCUGACCAGACAACAGUCUGUGUAUGGCAGUUCUGCAACCACACAGGCGACCAUGAUGGUAUUUCAGGCAGUGGCAGAAUAUUAUACACAGAUGAAAGACCAACAAGACAUGGAUUUGGAAGUGGAUCUGUCUUAUCAAGGAAGAAUCAGACCAGUCAGAUGGUUGUUCAAAAAAGAAACUGCACAUGUCACACGGACAGAGAUGCAGAUCGAGCUAGGAUAUAACUUCAAUGUAACUGCUAGAGGAACUGGAACAGCCACUCUCUCAGUGCUGAACCUGUACUAUGCCAAGCCUGAUAUAAAGGAAAAGGACUGUAAAUUAUUUCAUCUAAGUGUUAAAAUGGAACCAGAACGCAAUGGUAGACAUUACUUAGGAGGCUUUGAAAGUUACAGGCUCACAAUGGACAUCUUAUACAAAAGCCAAACAAAUGAUGCCACCAUGACUAUUUUGGAAAUCGGCAUACUGACGGGAUAUAAAGUGGACGAAAGAGAUCUUACAGAGUUAGCCACAGGGAAGGAUCGAUAUAUUCAGAAAUUUGAGAUAGACAAAGAGCUCUCGGAACGAGGAUCCCUCAUCAUCUACUUAGAUAAGGUUUCUCAUAAAGAGAGAGAAAUAAUUUCCUUCAGAAUGCACAAAGUCUAUAAAGUUGGUUUGCUACAACCGGCUGCAGUAAGUGUGUACGAAUAUUUCUCUCCAGAUGCACGCUGUACAAAGUUCUACCACCCUGAAAAGGAGGAUGGCACUCUAAGCAAACUGUGUCUGGGAGAAAUAUGUCAGUGUGCUGAAGAAAACUGCAGUUACCAGAUUAUAAAUAAGGUCACUGAUGAAAAGCGUUUAGAGAAAGCCUGUGAAGAUGAGAAGGAUUAUGCUUAUAAAGUCACAGUGGUGGGUAGUGUUCUGUCACAUCUCAGAGACAUCUAUAACAUGAAGGUGGAGCUAGUACUAAAAAACGGCCCUGAAACAAAUACUGAGGGGCAGUUGGGUUAUUUUCUGAGUCAUCCCAAAUGCAGACAACCUUUGCAAUUCCAAGAAAACAAGUCAUACCUCAUCAUGGGCAAAUCCACUGACGUGGUGAUGAAAGAUGGACGACUGUACUACAUCUUGGGUGAGAAUACCUGGAUUGAAUAUUGGCCCACAAAAGAAGAAAGUGAAACUCAAGAAUACAGAGACAAGUACACAGGCAUAUCUUUUCUCCAGAAUACACUAUUCAAAGAAGGAUGCUCUGUAUAAUAGAGCUGUUCACCUUAUAGUCCUAAAACAUGGAAACAAUUGGCAUGUGCUCAUGUGCUGGGUUCCCUCAAACAUUUCCAAUAAUAAAAUAAUGUUGCAAGCA